AUGGAUGAAAUUGAAAUUCCAUCCUACUUUCUCUGCCCCAUCAGUCUGGAGAUUAUGAAGGACCCUGUUACGCUCUCUACCGGCAUAACAUAUGAUCGGGAGAGCAUCGAAAAAUGGUUGUUUUCUAAGAAUAAUAAUACUUGCCCGGUAACAAAGCAAGUGGUUAUGGAUUCAGAGUUGACACCAAACAUCAAUCUCCGGCGGUUUAUUCAAUCGUGGUGCACCCUCCAUGCUCCAGAAGGCAUCGAGAGGCUCCCGACCCCGAAAGCUCCAAUAAGUAAAUCCCAACUUUUGAAGCUUUUCAAUGAUGCCAACUCUCCGAACAAGCAGCUGAAGUCCUUACAGAGACUUAGAUCCAUUGCUUCUCACAAUGAAACGAAUAAAAGAUGCAUGGAAACAGCAGGCACGGCCGAGUUCUUAGCUUCGUUAAUCGUGAAAAAAACCGUAGAGGCAUCUUCAGCAGAAGUAUCGGAAGAUGUGAUUGAGUUGAGAAGAGCAAGUGAUGAAGCCUUAAGCAUUCUCUAUCAUCUCCAGCUAUCGGGAUUCGGCUUAAAAUCCCUCUUGCAGAAUAAUAUCGAAUUAAUCGAGUCCCUAACGAUCGUCAUGCAAUCCGGGAGCUAUGAUUCUCGUGUCUAUGCUGUCAUGCUUCUGAAAUCCAUGUUCGAAGUCGCUGAUCCAAAUCAACAGAUCAGUCUCAGACCCGAAUUCUUCCUCGAAUUAGUAGAUAUCUUGAAUGAUCAAAUCUCUCAGAAGGCCUCAAAAGCCGCACUGAAAGUUCUUAUCAGUGUAUGUCCAUGGGAAAAGAACAGGAUCAAAGCAGUGGAAGCUGGAGCAGUGCCUUUGUUGAUUGACCUUUUACUCGAUUCUUCUGACAAAAGGGCUUCUGAAUUGAUGCUUGUGGUGCUGAAUUUGUUAUGCCAAUGCGCUGUGGGAAGAGCUGAACUGUUGAAUCACAGUGCAGGAUUAGCCAUUGUUUCAAAGAAGAUUCUUAGGGUUUCAUCUACAGCAAAUGAGAGCGGUAUAAGAAUUCUACAUUCGAUAUCGAAGUUCUCAGCAACUCCUGGAGUUUUACAAGAAAUGUUGCAGAUUGGUGCAGUGGCAAAAUUAUGCUUGGUAUUUGAAGUUUUUGAUCGAGGAUCAAAGACAAAGGAGAGAGCCAGAGAAAUUCUCAAAUUGCAUGCAAGAACAUGGAGGAAUUCUUCAUGCAUACCUGCGCAGUUGUUAGCUUCAUAUCCAUCUUGA